AUGACAACCACCGAGAAAAGAGCAAACAGAAAGAAACCACCAAAUGGAACAAACGACCCUUCAAAUCCAAGGCGGACUUCAUCCUUUGUAACUGAUUUCACCGCAAAAGACACUGGAAGACUUGGAACAGGUGAUAGACAGAGUAAGCCCCCAGCGAGCAUGCAGAACUGUUUGUGCUACUCAGGAUCACUCAAACUGGCUUCAUGCCUGAAUUACAAAACAAAGAUCUCCAAAGCCGCUGGGAUAUUGUCAAACAUCAUAGGUUGUGUCCUGUUUGUAUGAGACCCUCACAUCAUGCAUAGAGACAGGUGUGAAUCCCAAAGGUUAUGUCCAUGUGGGAGUGACAAAACAACACCACAGACUUCUUCACAACCACCCAAGGAGGGACACUGCUGAAACCAACGGAAGGAAUCAAACCUGUGAAGGAGGACAACAACCUCCCGGGAAAGACACCAAUCCCAGAGAAUGGUGAGCAGCCAAACUCUACUGAAGUUAGCAGCACAGUGCAGUAUGCAACCGUGACAGAGCCAACCAAGAAGAAGACCAUCCUGCUUCAUGUCAUACCUGUAAAAAUCUCAUCGUCAGAUGUGAAGUCCAUCACCACUUAUGGAUUGAUAGACAAUGGCUCA